UGAAUGGGAGUUAAACUAUUCAUAAACACAUGAGCAGCGAUAUUCGUUUCCAAGUUACCGAAACAUGGCUGGAAUUCUCUGCUUGAAAAGAGUCUUUGUGGCCGUUUGACACCUCGAGCCUGUUAUGCGCAAUGCGCAUGUUCGCUGUAGGCGAUGACGCGAAACUACCUGAUUUCUCUCCUGUCUGCCUGCCUCUGUGGGUCCAUCAAACCCACCGAACUACGGAGUCUGAAACAGACAUGAGUCAUUAGUGCUUUGCGUUUCGGAUGAAAAAGGGUUCCGUAAUACAUUGUGAUCGCUAGGACGCUCCGGGCAGCCGACAAAAUGACAUACAAAAACAGCAGAGAACAUUCACCUCUAUGCGUUUUAUGCUGCUGUUUAGCCGGCAGGGGAAGCUGCGGCUACAGAAAUGGUACACAGCCACAGCGGAGCGUGACAAAAAGAAGAUGGUGCGAGAGCUUAUGCAAGUGGUGCUGGCCAGAAAACCCAAAAUGUGCAGCUUCCUGGAGUGGAGAGAUUUAAAGAUAGUAUAUAAGAGGUAUGCCAGUCUGUAUUUCUGCUGCGCAGUUGAAGAGCAAGACAAUGAGCUGAUUACCCUAGAGGUCAUCCAUCGCUUUGUGGAGCUGCUGGAUAAGUACUUCGGCAGUGUGUGUGAGCUUGACAUCAUUUUUAAUUUUGAGAAGGCUUACUUUAUUUUGGAUGAAUUUCUGAUGGGGGGAGAAAUCCAGGACACUUCCAAAAAGGGCGUACUCAAGGCUAUUGAACAGGCUGAUCUGCUGCAAGAGGAGGAUGAAUCUCCAAGGAGUGUAUUGGAGGAGAUGGGCCUGGCAUAGAACCCAUUCCACCUUAGAGAGGACAUCUUUAGGUACUACUGCUACACAUGGUGAAAGGACGAGCUUUACUAAAGGGAGUUUGGGGAGGGGGGGUAUAAAAUGGGAGAUGGAAAGAUACAUGGAAACAGAGGAACGAAUUGAAAGUGUGUAGACAACUUUGAUACUACUGAGUUCAGCAUGUGAUUGUACUUCUUUUGAGUCCCCGGAGCGUCUUCAUACUUUUCAGAUAGAUGUGUCUAGCCCGAAAUCCUUCUUUCUAUUCAAAUAAUUUUGCAGGUUAGACACUUGACCUUGGCACAGAGCCAUUUUAACAAGUCCCAUCAAGCCUUACCAGGUUAACAAAAUGAGAUGUUUGCACAAUCUCAGCUUGUUAUCUGUGAGGAAGUUCUCUAUUCCUGCAAUCAUUAAAUUAAUAUAUUCAUAAAAACGUGGACUAUCUUUUUUGCUGCUCAGGAAAGAAUGACGAUGACCAUUCAUGCAUGUCUGUUUUUAGAUGUGAUGCAAACCUUUAAAUGGAUGAAAUGUUGGGCUUUAACUACUUGCUUUUGCAGUGUAGAGACUUGGGCUGCACAAUAUAUUUGGGACAGAAUCCUGAAUUGAAAUUAUAUCAAUACAUAUUGCAGUUGUGAUAUACCACACAAAACGUAUCCGUGAGCCUUUCAUGUGAUACAGUUAGUUGGCCUACAUUACUUUAAAUCAAAGUAUUUAUAUUUGUUGGAUCACGUGAAUGCCUUGAUUGUUCAAAAUGCGAACUGUUGUCUUGGAAGAUAUGCGAUUGUUCAGGACCCUCACACCAUCCAGUAAAAUGACUCAUUUAAUUAUUGUGGCCUGCUCUAACAUCUGUAUUACAAAGGCCAACAUUGCGCUAACAGUUAAUCAGUGAUGUAUUGUGCAGCCCUAGAUGGGACCACACACUAAAUCUGUUCAUUUCUGUGUGCGUGUGUGUUUGUUUAUGUUGAGUGGGAGGACUACCUGUGCUCUCAGCUGUUUGCUUGCGCAGUUUACCAUUAAAGCAGUUUUCCAGAUGAGCCAGAUUUAAAAAUAAAUCAUGAUGUGCGUUCCUGAGAUGGGGAAAUAGACGCGGAAUAUUGAAUAGGCUUUUAUGAGUCAAUAACAUAUUGGAUCGGCUGUUGCAUAUGGUCUAUUCAUUCUAUUUCAGUUCUAUGGACCACAUCUGCGUAGUCUCUGAAUGUUUAUCUUAAUAUAAAAAUAAGGCAAAAAAAAAAUCCAACCCACAAAAUGGCGCUGAACCCUUUUCCUGUUUUGUCUGUCUACUUCCUGCUUUCCAAAGAGAUGUUUCCGACUGUAAAUGUGUAGUUGAGGAAUAUAAAGGGAAUAAUAUUUGAAUAACUCCUUGAAAAACAAAGAAAGAGGGCUUUGGCAUCAAGUGUGACGUAGUUUGGAUUAAAAAAAGUUUUAAAAAUGCUUUUUAACGUGUCGUGUGAAAUAAAUGAAUGUUUUGAGAAGAGUUGUGUAUAUUUUUUUCCCUGUAAUACUAAAAUGUUGAGUCUUUCCAUGUCAAAUCACUCUGCACCACCUGUCCCACGUUUUGUACAUGAUGUUGAAGGUGCUCUUUGAACCCUGAUACCAAAAAGGUUAAUUUGGUGUUAAACAAAAUGCACAGACAUUCAGAAGUUUCAUUCAACUUUUUAUGUCGUGCUUGCAGAUGAUGGGAACAUAUCUUACUUAUGCUAGUGUUGAGGAAAGCAAAACAGAGUCAGAUAGUAAUUAUUUUGCCUUCCUGUUAAUUUCAGUGAAGUGUCUUGUAGUGUAUUAAGCAAAACUCUGGAGCAAGCAUAGCUUCUUACCAUUUAGAAGCUUGGAAUCCCUUAACAAAUUUUUAUUUUGUACGUUUAAUAUUAUAUGUUGUGAAUUAAAAGAUUAUAAAUGCACCAUAAUCUAUUUUAGAUGUUUUCCUUUUAAUAUUUCAAGAAGUUUGAAAAUGGUAUACUGUUGUCUUUUGGAAAGGUUUCAUUGCAAAACGCAUGGUAGACCACUUUCACAUUAUUUUUUUAUUAUUAUUUUUGUUUUUACAUGAAUUACAUUAUAUUGCUUUAAUAUACUGUCUUUUCAACAACUCAUUAUAUCCACAAUUGUUACAAAUAGGCCUACAGCAUUUUGGAAUGACACACUUCAUUCCAUGUUUGUUCAGGUGAUUUGACGUGGAAUGGCUCAAUUAAGUAACUCAGCAUGAGGGCAUGUCUACCUGUCAAAUAGCUGUCAGGUAAUUGAAUCAGAUUGUGUGUGAAUGUAAUUUUAUAAUGAAAUAAAAACCCAGUUUCAUUGUA